AUGGCGUCGCCUGUCGGGCCAGCGUGCCCGAAUACAGAACUACCCUCAACACACAUCAGGAUACCACCGUUCUGGCCUGAAAAACCCGAAAUAUGGUUUGCGCAAGUGGAAGGACAAUUUGCCAUCAUGCGAGUAACUGACGAGACGGCAAAAUUUUAUCAUAUAUUGGCCAGCCUCGAUCGCCAAUAUGCCGCCGAGGUAGAAGACGUACUCACCGGUCCUCCCUAUUACCAGCGGCUUAAAGAGGAGCUGAUAAAAAGGUUGUCGGCGUCCCGCGGUAACAAGGUGAAGCAGCUAUUGACGCACGAGCAGCUCGGUACACGCAAACCGUCACAAUUCCUGCGUCACCUACAACACCUCGCCGGACCGGAGAUCCCGGAGGACUUCCUGCGGACCAUAUGGACCAGCCGGCUACCAACCACAUUGCAGCCGAUCGUCGCGUCGCAGUCGACGCUUCCAUUAGACGCACUCGCCGAGCUCGCCGACCGUGUCCACGAGAUCGCAGCACCAAUCCACCACGUCGCGGCAGCUGUGACGUCAUCAUCACCAUCAUCAUCUGCGUCAUCACAAAUCAACCGGCUGUCCCAACAAGUAGCGGAGCUGACGCGGCAAGUCAGCGCCCUGACGACGCAGUCACACUACCGCAGGUACCCCAUUUGCUGGUACCACAGCAAACACGGCGCCGAGGCGCGGAAGUGCGUGCUACCCUGCGACUACAAGGCGGGAAACCCGACAAGCAGGCAAGUGAUGGCGACUCGCGACUGCCACAACUCUACGGGUCGCCUCUUCAUCAAGGACCGCAGCAAUAAUAUAGACUUCCUCAUAGACACUGGAAUCAUCGAUUUGGUCAAGGCCUAUAAUCAAAUACCAACAGCGGAGGAGGAUAUCCCGAAGACCGCCAUCACCACGCCAUUUGGUUUGUUUGAAUUUCCUUUCAUGAAUUUUGGACUUAGGAAUGCCGGUCAAACCUUUCAGAGAUUUGUCGAUGAAAUGACGCGUGGCUUUGACUUUUGCACCCGUAUUUAG